UAUAAAUAAUAGAGCAUUGAAGAAUUAAUCACUACCACCAAGCUUUCGAAGUUGAGCAGCUAAUAAUUUGUUCUAACCUAAAUAUGUUCAAGUUUUUCGUGAUAGUUGCUUCUGUUGCUGUCUUAUCCUCUGCUGGUAAAACAAGGCAUGAGCAAGAAAAUGUAGUUCUUGAACCUUUUCCUUCAGCCAGCUUUAGUUUUAGCUCCUUUGGUGGGGCAGAUUUUGGGGGGCACACUAGUAGCAAAGGCAGCAGCGGAGCAGAAUUAUCCAGCCUGGCACACAGUUCAGCCAUUCAAGCUAAAAAUGCGGCCCAAAAUCAGCACACUGCUGGGAGCCAGGCUGCCUAUGGAGUCAAAAAUAACUUGGCUAGCGUUGCUUUGGGCGCAGCUCAAGCCGCUCAAGCAGCUUUAGUGGGGAAACAAGCUCUUGUAGGAAACCUGAAAGCCCAACUUGCAGAAGCCCAAAGCCAACUCCAGGUCGAAGUUGCCCAAUACCAACAAACUGAGUCGGCUGCUCGUGCUGCAGAAGAAGCCGCUGCUCAGGCGCAAAACCAGGUCAACACUCUUUCGGCUGCCCUUGCUGCCGCCCAAGGUGGGAGCCAGCAUGCAUCUCAAGCUGCAGCUGAAGCUGCCAAUGCAGCUGCAUCUCAGCAUGCCAUGAUUCUGGAAGCUAAGCAACGUUUGAACCAAGUCCUUUCCCAACUCCAGAACGCAUUGAGUGGUUUACAAGAAACCAAGGCAUCUGCCAAAAAAGCAGCUGCAGCUGCUCAUUCUGCACAGUCCAAUGCAGCGGCGGCGGGGGCGGCUGUAGUUGCUGGUGCUUCAAAAAGUGCCUAUGGAGGUGUGGAUAGUUAUGGUCAUGGGUGGUAGUUUCGCAGGUUUUAUAUUUUUUACUGUGAUUUCAUUCAUCAAAUCUGAAUGAAUAUUUUUGCAUCAAAAAUAAAAUAUAUU